AGAUAAGGGAAUUUGUAUCUCUAAAAUGAAGCGCUGGAAAUACCAGUAAAGGUUAUCCACCUACCGUUACAGAUUUGACCGUUGAAAAGGCAGCUUCCUCGGUCAAGCCCCACGAUCGGAACAUCCACAAGAGAGACAACCACGGAUCUGAGCACCAUGCAAUUGAUGCAAGCAGGAUACCGGUAAACAACGUUGAUGAUGGAGUUAAGUUCGCCGAUACGUCGAUUGGCAUGUUCCGAUAUAUGAUAUAUGCAGUCAAGUUAAAACUGAACUGAGGGUGGUGAAGUUUGCAAGUCAGGGAGGACGGAGGAUGUUUCGGCUUCAUCGAUCCCAAGCUCACAAAACCAAACAGCAACACACACAAAACCAAACAACAAAUACAAGCCACCAAACAACUACGCACAAUCACCGCACCUCUCUCGCCAGCACCAUCCACUCCUACAAAGAAACUUUCAAACAUAAGUAAAUCCAUUACUAGUAGUUAAGCAAACCAAAAAGGCCAACAUGAAGAUCCAAAUCACCGCACCUUUGCUCGCCCUCGUCAUGGCAUCUACCUCACAUGCCACCGGUACCGACGGGACAACACAGCUGAACAAACUCGCCCACGCCGUUCACGAGAAUGCACCUCUGGGGGGCCUUCGUGCUGGCAGCACGGGCCAUAGGCAGCUUGGCUGGAAAACCGCUCUGGCCCGAUUCUUUAAUGGCGUCGACGAUGAGGUGGAGCCAGCUGGCAUGGAACAAAAGACCCCGAUUGCCUUCGCAGCGGGCAAUGAAGGAGAAUCACAGCAGCUAGCGCGACAGGGCGUGGUUCCCAAUCCUCCAGGUGGUACUACGGAUCCAAUGUUCCAGGCAGGUCUCGAUGCCGCCAAUGCCAAUGACAGUAAAGAAUAUGGAGACAUUUCCGAUUGCGGUCCCUGUCACAGUUUGGACGAAUGCGAUCGCGCCGACGUGAGCCGUGAAAUCCACAACGACUCGGGCAAUCGCUACGUCGUCGCCAAGGUGGGAAGUGAGAUUCUCUUGAGUCGUCCCGAUACGCCAGUUUCCUACACGCUCCAUGGGAGUGGUGGUAUUGCGGGAGCGGAUCACGAGUGUGCCCACAUUAUUCUCUUUGAUGGACCGACGGGCGAACUAUUGGGUGGAUACUGGGCGGUUCCUGGACGUAUCACGGGCAAUGCGGAGACCACUCCCUAUUCGAGUGCUAGCAUCAACUCGAACGAUCCCGUCAAUGGAGAUAUUCGCAUCUUGGUCGAUGGUGAGUAGCGGCCCUAACUAAGAUGAAGGGUAGAUGAUGCCUUUGGAACAGCGUCUGUGGUAGAGAUAGAUGACGAGGAGGGCUCGACGAAAGGAGUAUAGACAUAGAGUAAAGCUAAGCAUAACAGCCAAGCUGGCUAGCCAGACUGGUGAGAUCAGCGAGGGAGCUGCAGAAAUGAAUAGCGAACUUGAAAGGAC